UUGUCUAAUGCAUUUUCUUGCUUUUCUUUUGUCUAUCUAUCUUUGCAGAUCACCACUCUGAUCAACCAUAAAGACAAGCCAAAGAAGUCGGAGCGCACCCUGGCAGCCAUACACCGGGUGGGUCAGUCGGUGAGCGUGGCGGUGGGGCGUUUUGUCGCCGUCGGGGAGGCCAUCGCCUCAGAGAACCAGGAGCUGAAGGAUGAGAUGGGUCAAGCCUGUGUGGAGGCACGCCGAGCAGGCGAUGCCAUUGCCCAGCUGACAGACGUGGGAUCGGCCACGCCGUCCCCGCCCGACGGACGGGUCACAGUCUUCAGUGACCGGACAGGGAUGGUCAAGGCUGCCCGGCUCCUUCUCUCCUCUGUCACUAAAGUAUUGGUCCUGGCCGACCGGAUCGUCAUCAAACAGAUCAUCGCCUCACGCAACAAGGUACUGGUGACCCUCGACCAUCUGGAGAGAGUCAGCACUUUCCAAGAAUUUGUUCAGAUUUUCAGCCAGUUUGGCAAUGAGAUGGUGGAGUUUGCUCACCUCACAGGAGACAGGCAAAAUGAUUUAAAGGAUGAGAAGAAGAAAGCGAGAAUGGCUGCAGCCCGAGCGGUGUUGGAGAAAUGCACCAUGAUGCUCCUCACAGCCUCCAAGACUUGCCUGAGGCACCCUGAUUGCGAGUCGGCGAGGAUCAACAAAGACGCCGUGUUCCACCGAAUGCGCUGUGCCCUGGAGCAGGUCAUCGAGAUAGUCACCGAGGCUCGGAGCUGUGGAGAAAACAAGAUCCUUCCUGCCAGCAUUUACAAUGGAAUCAAAGACCUUAAAUCUAGCGUGGAGAGCCUGCGGGAGAACCCGCACUCCCUGACGCCGCAGAGCAUAACCGGCCAGCUGGAGGCCCUGGUGGAGCGGACGGAGGACUUCACCGAUUCGGCCUACACCAGUCACGAGCAGCGGCAGGCCAUCCUCGGCCUGUGCCAGCUGGUUCGUCAGGACACCCAGCAGCUGGUGCACGGCUGGGUCGAGGCGCAGUCAGUCCAUUCCAAAGAGGCCUCAGAGAACAUGGAGAUGGCCAUCCUGAAGACGUGCCAGAGCAUCAGUGAACUGAGACGCGAGCUCCAUAAGGUGGCAGUGGGCCGGGCCUCGGACCUGCUGAAAGUUCACGGGGAGCAGCUGCCUCUGAGGGCCCUCAAGGCUGCAGGUGCCGAAGGAAACCUGGAGACGGUGGCGGAGUAUUCGCGCACGCUCACAGAGCAGAAGGAGCAGCUGGUGGAAACUUGCCGGCUACUGUGCCACGUGUCGGGAACAGAGCCUCUGGAGAUCACCUGCGUCCACGCUGAGGAAACCUUCCACGUUAUCGGCCCACAGAUCAUCUCAGCUGCACAGACUCUGGCCCUCCAUCCAUCCAGCAAGAUUGCAAAGGAGAACCUGGAAGUGUUCUGCGAGGCCUGGGAGUCCCAGCUGUGUGACAUGGCUCUGCUGCUUAAGGAGAUAAACGACAUUUUUGAAGGGAGACGAGGUGACAAAAAGCCGUAUUUGUCACUUCCAAGACCAGGGAAACUCUCUGCCAACCUUAAGACUGCCAAAGCUGUCAAGCUGGAUGCAGAGGUAGAGCAGACGAGCAUGGCCAAGCUGGGUCUGGAGCUCCGUCUGCUGUCGUCGGACGUGGACACAGAGGUGGAAAAGUGGGAGGAGCCAGAACACGACGUCGUCCGCCAGAGCCAGAGCCUCGCCAGUAUGGCUCAUAGCAUGUACCUGUUCACCAGAGGGGAGGGGCUGUUGAAAACAACACUGGAUCUUUUUCAUCAGGCUGAGGUUUUGUCUGAAGAAGGCCUCCAGUUGUGCUCGUCUCUCCGGACAUUUUCCGCUCAGCUGGUUGAUGAGGAAAAGUGUGCGGUGAUGACAGAAAUGGAGAAGCUGGUGGCACUGUGCCAGCAGCUGCAGAUGGGGGCCAAGACCCCUGUACAGGGCAAGACUGCCACCUUCCAGAAGGUGGACUCAUCCAUUCAGACAAGCAAAAGCAUCAUGACAGUGGUCCGUUCUCUUCUCCCGCUGUGCAACAAGCUCAACAGAAAGUAUAAGUCAGCAAGGACUGGCCUUAGCUCCCCACAGGAGUGGAGAGAAAAGCAGGAUGCGUCCACACCGGUCAAAGAAGAGGGGGCUCUGGGCAGCAAGAGCAGCAACGGCUUAGGCGUUCAACCUUUUGAGCAGCACAUGGCCGGUCUCAACCUCUUGGAAAGCAAAUAA